UUCAAUUCUUCGGAACUUCAAAGCGGUACAAAACUAAACAUAACAACUGAUUUGCAUUCUCGUAAUAGCUUUUGUACAAGUCUAUCAAGUCCAUCAGAUAAUUUGCUAGGGUUCCCGGGAGACUAAAGCGCGAGUGAACAUUAAGAUAGAAGUCGCGUCGUCUUGACCGGGGUGCUGCAUCGAGGAAAGUUUCUACAGUACUACAAGCCAGCUUGUUAUCUCCUUGCAAAAAGCCUGACUGAUCAAAGCUGUAGACAUGUCUACAUUGAAAGAAGUUGAAGCUCAAGAAACUGAGCUCAAGAAUCAGUUGGAACAAACAAAGCAAAUAGACGAGAGACGAAAGAUCCGCGCUGAGUUAAGAGCAUUAAGAGCUAAAAAAGAAAAGCUUUCCAAUGAAAAUGGGUUUGAAAAACCCCGGAGCACAGUGUCAUCCUCGCCAGUUGUGCUUACUAUGAACAGACCUUCUGAAAAUUUUGAGAAAAAAUCGAAAAAUUACGUGGAACCUGUGCAAGCGUCUCUGAAAAACGAGAGCAAAGAGGUGAGAGUGACAAGAAGUACGUAUAAGUUUGAGAUGAGCAGUAGUAAAGUCGAAACUGAAACGAGAAGACAUCAAAUAAAUCAGAAUAACGGUUCAGCAGUUGAAGAAAAAAGACCACGAAAAGAUCAAGAUUACAAUAACAACAAUCAAGAAAACAUGGAUAGAGGAAGUGUAGCUGUUGCUCCUCAGAGGAUGAGCCGUCGUAAAUCACUAGUUGAGCUCUUCAAGAUCGAUGAAGAUGCUAAAGGUGGAAGAAAGGCGCGAAUGGCUCAACCUGACAUACCUGAGAGUGCAAGGCUUCCGGUCAGCGGUCCGCCGUCUUCGCGAAGGGACGUCAUCAAGCAGGAUGACCAGACUAAAAAAGAUCUUAUUCAGAAUCUUGGACGCUUGCGCAGUAGAAGGAGAUCUGUUCGUGAGAUCCAAAACCGUGAUGAGCUGGAGGGACUGAUGUACGUGAAGCAGGGAGAUUCAGUCAAACUUGUUAGCACAUCUGAAGGUGACGAACAAGUGAAAGAACAGAGACGCAUUCGCAGGACGUCGAGGAAGGAGAUGCAAGAUAAGUUCCGAGUAGAAGGGAACACAAUCAGUUACCAAGACAAAAAAGAGGAGACAUUGUCACCUUUGAAGGAGGAAAGCCCAUCUCCAGCCUCAGCCACCAAGCGGUUCAGUUACGGCACAAACAGUGUGAACAAACCAGAACGUACGAACAGCUUUGGUAGAAAUGAGCCUCCAAGACCAGCACCACAACCUGGACGUAUUGGUGGCCGACCAGGAUCCACAGGACCAAAGUCAUUCUUUCCAGGAAAAGAAGAGGCGUCGGCGCCAGCAAAACUAACUGGUUCAGUAGCAGACAGAAUGAAGUAUUUUAGAGAACAAGCUGAAUUAGAGAAGAAGCAAGCAUCAAAACAAAAGCCAGUAAAGAAAGUACCUCCUCCAUCUCCAACUCCUGUUAGUAAUGCUCCUCCGACUCCUCCAGCGACAAACGAUAACAAGGAGAGAGUAUCGCUAAAGAAAGCUCCUGAUCCAAAUAAAACACCAAGAGAUUUAAAGAAGAAGCCUCCAUUAAAACGUCAGAUGUCAGUCUCAUCUCUCAUUUUAACAUGGUGUAAAGACGUCACCGCGGGAUAUCCGGGAGUCAACAUAACGAAUUUUAGUGGCAGCUUUGCAAACGGAUUGGCAUUCUGUGCUCUCAUUCACAAGUUCAACCCGGACAAGUUUGAUUUCAACUCUCUGAACGCCGAAGACAGAUGGAAUAAUUUUCAAUUGGCUUUCGACACUGCAAGUUCUGUCGGCAUACCAGCUCUACUUGAUGUAGAGGACAUGUUUCGAUUAAAGAAGCCAGAGCCUCGAAGCGUCCAAUGCUACGUCCAGAUGAUUUUUAGCAAGUACCGCCCCAAGGAUUUAGAUAUGUCGAAUCUCAGAAUAGCAUAGUUCAUGACUAUUUAUGAUAUAUCUAUAAAUUCCUUAAAUCAUGAA